AAUUUAGGGAUGAAGAAGAGAAUUACGAAAUCGAUUUCGACCCGGUUAUCUAUUCGGACUAGACCCGACAUGUAGCAAGUUUCACAGGUGAGAUUUAUGGCGGCAAGCGUUAAAUAAACCCUUGAAAACCCCUAAAGCACGCAGCUAUUUCAUAAUAACAUCUUUCGCCUCAAAAGCAGCCAUGAAUCGAUCUAAGGCAAUCCUCGCAUCUCUUAGACUCACCAACUCGCUGCUCUCGACUCGCCUUUCUUCAUGUCGGCUUCUGUUUACUCGGGUGAAUCACUUCUCUGACCUCUACUCAUUUACUCUCUUAAAUCAAUCAAACACUUCACAUUUUGUCAAUAUUGCCCAUCAAAGGCUAUCAUUUUCCACAAAUUCAAACUCUAUUGUAGAGCUUAUUUUAGCCUAUGAUUGGUCUGACGAAUUAGAGAACAAGUUAGAAGAAUUGAAUCCAAAAAUGUCCCAUGAAAUUGUCAUCUAUGUUUUAAAGAAACUUGAUAAAGACCCAGAAAAAGCAUCGGCUUUCUUCGAUUGGGUUUGCGAUAAAAACGGAUUUAGACCAAGUUCUUCUAUUUAUAGUAUGAUGCUCAGGAUAUUAGUAAACAACGAGUCAAUGAAGCAGUUUUGGAUCGUUCUAAGGAAAAUGAAAGAACAGAAGUGUUGUAUUGAUGAAGAAACUUAUAAUACUAUUUUGGGGGUUCUAAAGAAGGCUAAGAUGGAUAGUGAUGUGGUGGCUUUGUACCAUUUUCAUGAUAGGAUGGUUCAGGAGAAUGCUGCGGUUAGUGUUGUAAAGAAAGUGGUCGAUGUUCUGUUAGGGACAGAUUGGUGUGACAAGGUGAAGAAAGAAUUGGAGGGCAUGAAAAUUGAGUUGUCGGAUGAUUUUGUUAUAAGAGUUCUGAGAGAACUUCGAAAUUAUCCUUUGAAAGCUUUGAGCUUUUUCAAUUGGGUUGCUGAGUAUACGGGUUCUGAACAUAAUGCCAUAAUGUAUAAUGCUAUAUUAAGGGUUCUUGCCCAGCGUGAUUCGAAGGAGGAAUUUUGGAGUGUUGUUGAGUUAAUGAAGAAUGCGGGGCAUGAGAUGGACUUUGACACUUACAUAAAGAUUUCAAGACAGUUCCACAAAUUUAAGAUGAUGAAUGAUGCGGUGAGGCUUUUUGAGUUUAUGAUGGAUGGCCCAUAUAAGCCUUCAGUUCAGGAAUGUAGCUUGCUUUUACGAAUUAUUUCAUUAGGUGAAAACCCUGAUUUGGAUUUGGUGUUUAGAGUUGCAAAGAAAUAUGAGGCAACAGGGAAUUUUCUCUCUAAGCCAGUUUAUGAUGGGAUCCAUAGGUCUUUGACAAGGGUGGGAAGGUUUGAUGAAGCAGAGAAGAUAAUGAAGGUUAUGAAAAAUGCGGGAUAUGAGCCUGACAACAUCACAUAUGGCCAACUGGUUUUUGGACUUUGUAAAGCAAGGAGGUUUGAAGAAGCCUCCAGGGUGCUGGAUGAAAUGGAAGAAAAUGGAUGUAUUCCUGACAUCAUGACAUGGACCACUUUGAUUAAAGGGCAUUGCAUUGCUAAUGAAGUUGACAAGGCAUUAAUGUGUUUUGCAAAGAUGAUGGAGAAAAAUAUUGAUGCUGAUGCUGAUCUGUUGGAGGUCUUGAUAAAUGGUUUCCUUCAUCAAAAAAGGGUAAAGGGUGCAUAUGAAUUGCUUGUAGGGAUGGUAGAAAAGUCUCAUAUAAGACCUUGGCAAUCUACAUUUAAAUUUCUUAUAGAAAAGCUUUUGGGGGUAAGUAAACUUGAAGAAGCAAUGAACCUCCUACGAUUAAUGAAGAAACAGAACUACCCACCUUACCCUGAGCCCUUUGUUCAGUAUAUUUCGAAGUUCGGGACUGUGGAAGAUGCUUCAGAAUUUUUGAAAGCAUUGAGUGUGAAGGAGUACCCAUCCUCUUCUGCUUAUCUUUAUGUUUUCCAAUCCUUCUUUAAUGAAGGUAGACAUUCUGAGGCCAGAGAUCUGCUAUAUAAGUGCCCUCAUCACAUUCGCAAGAAUUCUAAAAUCUCUGAACUUUUUGGUUCUGCAAAGAGUGACACAGUUGCCGUUCAUUCAGGGAAGCAGUCUAAUGUUUAGAUCUAGUUUCAUGCUAUGCAACAAGCAAAUAUCUGUAUUUCUACAGCAAAGGCUCCUUCAUUUUAGAUCCAUGUGUUCGGCUUAAUUAAGCUAGUUGUACAAAGAUUGUGACUAGAUUUCAGAGGCUUUGCUAGGUUUUCAUUCUGAACAUGAGUGGCACUGCCAGUUGGUAUGUGAGCUUCAGAAAUUUAAGCUUUUAAUUUCAAUGUGUUUUUGUUUCAGUGUUAUAAAACAUUAUGCAUUCUAUCUCAA